AUGUCUGGAAACGGAUUAUCGCCCGUGGAUGCGCAUUUGGUGGUGCGCUACGCGCCCUACGACGGUUAUGAGGGUUCGGACCGUUCCACAAGAAGACGAUCCUCUAUUCAGGGAACUUCAAUAUGUGUGGCUGAACCCUGGAGUCUGGAGGACGAGGACAACGAUUUUUCAGGACCGUCAGAGUCGCCAGGCUCCAGAAGGCUGUCUGCUUCGCUCCGAGUUUGUGACCUUUAUCAGUGCGUCCACCAGCAUACAGCUGACACCCUGCAUCCGCAGCAGCACUCGGGAUCGUUUGUAGCACGACCGGGCUUGCAAGCAUUCCAUGAAGCGUCUGAUUCUUCAAACUACCAACAUCAGAGGUAUUAUCCCCGCCGUUUCAGCGACGCAGGAUUAGAUUUGGGAUUUGGGGCCCGUUUCACGCUUGGUCGGUCUGCAUCAUACACAGCUGAUUCGGCAAACUCACACGCACCUCAUUAUGAGGAAAUGGUUUGGAGAAAGCCGGGAUCUCGUCAAUCGAGCCUCUCUUCAUCGUCCCAGGCUUCCUCUGGCAUUGAUCCCACUUCUUCAGCAAGUCAUCGCGACCACAACUGUGAUCAUCAAGAAGACAACGAGGACCACGAAAAUCAGUCAUUUGACGCUUCGGACCCAAACUCCCACGAGCAUAGUGGUCGGCCAUCUCAUCACGACUGCUGGGUAGAUCUCAGUAAUCCUUGUUGCAGACACCAUCACCGGCGCAACUCAACGGCAAUAAAGUUUCGCAAGGCACUUUAUGAAGAAGAAUGA